UUCUGUCUUCUGUCAUAAACUUCUACAACGCCGCUCUGCUCAUUUCAUUCGUCUGGCCUUUCCGUUUGGGUAUUUGUGUGAUAAGCUGCGUCCUUUGCAUGCAAAAUGUCGUCGAAAGUAUCCAGAGACACAUUGUAUGAAUGUGUUAAUGCUGUUCUAACUACAUCAAAAGAAAAGAAGCGAAACUUCCUGGAAACCGUGGAAAUUCAAAUUGGUUUGAAGAACUAUGAUCCUCAGAAGGACAAGCGUUUCAGUGGAACCGUCAAGCUAAAGCACAUUCCUCGCCCAAAAAUGCAAGUAUGUGUUCUUGGAGAUCAACAGCAUUGUGACGAAGCUAAAGCUAACAGUGUGCCAUUUAUGGACGUUGAAGCUCUGAAGAAACUAAACAAGAACAAGAAGUUGGUCAAGAAGCUGGCAAAGAAAUACGAUGCCUUUUUGGCAUCUGAAGCUUUGAUUAAGCAGAUUCCUCGUCUCUUGGGUCCAGGUUUAAACAAAGCUGGUAAAUUCCCGGGUCUUUUGUCUCAUCAGGAGUCCAUGACCCAAAAAAUUGAUGAAGUUAAAGCUACUAUCAAGUUCCAAAUGAAAAAGGUUCUUUGCUUGUCUGUAGCAGUAGGACACGUUGACAUGACUGAAGAUGAACUAGUACAAAACGUGCAUCUGUCAAUUAACUUCUUGGUGUCUUUGUUGAAGAAACAUUGGCAAAAUGUUAGGUCUCUGCAUGUUAAAUCGAGCAUGGGGCCGCCCCAGCGAUUGUAUUGAUCUGAAUCAAUAGAAAGCUGGUGUUUACAACAUAUUAUGUAUGUUGUAUCAAUAAAAAUAAUAUAAUAAAA